ACGGAUUUGAGCUCAAUUUCCAGGAAUCAGAGCCGAGAUCACCACUUACCAGCAGCGAACAUGUUCUCCGCAACUCUUCAUACUGGGGGAUGACCAUAGAUAUAAAAGAACCAAGUCGAGACAACUCCAACCAACACACUAAUUCAUGCCCAGCUUCCACUAUACCAUAUCUGUCCAAAAAACACAAGCCACCCAAUUAUGAAGACAUCCGCCAUCCUCACGGCCCUCGCGGGCCUGACAACAACCCUCCCCAGCCUCGCCACCGCAACACCGACACCGACGACGCUCGACAAGCGCGCGACCACCUUCUGCGGCGACUGGGACUCUGCCGCGACGGGCGGUUACACCGUCUACAACAACCUCUGGGGUAAAGGAGCGGCCACCUCGGGAUCUCAGUGCACGACCCUGACGGGCGUGUCGAGCGGCAACCUGCAGUGGUCUACGAGCUGGUCGUGGCAGGGCGGCAACUACAACGUAAAGUCGUAUGCCAAUGCCGUGCUCACGAGCGCCGCGCCCAAGCAGCUGUCCGCGAUCCAGAGCAUUCCGUCGACUUGGCAGUGGUCCUACACCGGCUCCGGCAUGGUAGCAAACGUCGCCUACGACCUGUUCACCUCAUCGGUCCCGUCCGCCUCCUCCACCCCGCAGUACGAGAUCAUGAUCUGGCUCGCCGCCCUCGGCGGCGCGGGGCCCAUCUCCAGCACGGGCAGCCCCAUCGCGACCCCGACCAUCGCGGGCAUCAGGUGGAACCUGUUCAAGGGCCCCAACGGGUCGAUGACGGUCUUCAGCUUCGUCGCGGCCAGCGGGCAGCAGCCCAACUUUAGCGGCGACCUCAACGGUUUCGUCAGGUACCUCACGAGCAGCCAGGGCUUGCCGGCGAGCCAGUACCUGAACAGUCUCGGGGCCGGGACCGAGCCGUUUGUGGGGAGCAACGCGGUUUUCAGGACCACGGCUUACCGCGCGGCUGUGAACUAG